AACGACUGCAAACGACUAACAUAAUUCAUCGCCGAGGAGAAAGCUGACUGAUUCCGAAAUGGCACAAAUAAAUCAACCUAAUUUAUCACUUGAUCGGACCAAAUCUGCCUUGAGGGAUGUGUUGGAGGCGUUUUGCAGUCCUGAUAACAAGGCCUUGAUGGAUAAACAGAAAGAAGCAGCAGGCAAUGAUAUGAUGCACAUGAUGCAUCUCGUCUUUCCAGCUGCGACACAGAUUCAGAUGGAGGCUAUACAGAAGUAUGGAUUCACACCUGAUGGAGAAGGUGCAAUAAAAUUUGCGCAGACGGUCCGUCAAUACGAAUCCGCAGACAAUGAAAUAGCAGAGAUGGCAUCGAGACUGAAAUCCAUGUUUCUUCCGCCCCUCCCGUCCAUGGCUCCACCCCAAUCCCAAGGCCCAGUGGGGGCAUCAUGAUGAUAUCUGCAACCUUACUACCGGUAAACGCACCUUAAGACUUUUGGAUACUUCAAGAAUCCAUUGUAAAUGCAUUGAUGUUGCUCAUGUGGACCUUUUCAAUUGCUUGGCAUGAUGAUAGUUCAUUCCUAUUGGAUGCCAGGGGAGAGUUUCAUGAAGGGUCUUCUCUGUAAUUUUUCACUGGCAAGUUAACUCUGAUCCAAUCAGAUGCAUGGAUAUCGGUAGCUUAUAACGGGUUAUUGAUGUAAACAGUGAAACAUAAAUUUUCUUUUAACUUGCUACCUACUGGAAGCAGAUAGUGCCUCUGCAAACUCUUUCACUAUGACAGAAUUUAGUCAUCACUUGGUGAAAAAGUAUGAAUAUCUGUCUUUGUUGAGGAAAUGCUUCUCGGAAACCAUCUCCAUUUGAAGGUCAAAGACGUUACCCUUAAAGAUGUUAGCUCUCUAGCCUGGUUCAGAGCCUCUCAUCGUGAGAUUUCAGAUUUCCCUUUUUGGGUGAAGCCUUUACGACGCUUACAUAGCAUGCAGAAUACAUAGGGUUUGCACCUAGGUCUGUCAACUGUAAGACAGUGAUUGUUUGUAAUGGGAUGAAUAUAAGAAGAAGCAUAGACCUUUCACCCAUCUCGAUGGACCGUGUAAAUUUAUUUAUUAUCUAUUGCAUAUUUGGUUAUUGGUAUAUGCUUCUGGCAAUCAUCACCUGGCUGACGAUUUAGGUUUUCUUUGAAGGACUUCAACAAGACAUCUCCAUAUCUGGAAGCACAAUUUUCUUCCCAUUCUUUAAAAAGAAGAAACCAAAUCUUUAUAGAUUGUCUCAUUCGCUUGGAUUCUAUUUUUUUUUUACAUUGAAGCCUAAAAUUGUCAAACAUUGAAUAAGACUUUGAUUGUUUAUUGAUUAUUCCCAAUAUCUCAUACUUUGUUGGCUCCAUGAGGCAAUGCUCUUAAAUCACUGUGGUGCCCUCUUGUGUUGAAAUGUUGAAAAUGUAUAUGCAGUACUUGAUGAAACUUAUUUACACAAAAGGACAUGCAAACUGUUAAUUUGAUAUACAGUGAAACAACAUAACUUAUUGUGUGCAAGUUAUUUACAACAAGCAUUUUGUAUUCUUUUGUAUUGUUUGCAUAGCUAGUGUGUAUUGAAUCAGAAUUUAGGUUUAAUCCUAUAAAACCAUUUUGACAAUGAAGUUAUGCGUAAUGAACAUUACUCUAGCUUCACUUUCAAAUGAUUUUGUAAGAUUAAAGUUGAAUUACAAUUCAAUAAAUUCAUUAUGAAAUAGAUUGUACUGUAUUUCAAAGUUUUCCUUAUCUAAUUACAAAUAUUCCAAAGAGUUGUGAUUGAUCUGAUCAACCACAACUAUGAAAAGCCAGCCACAUCAACAUCUAAAAUGCAUGUUUGUUUCAAAUGUUUUCCAGAUAUGAUGUAUACUUAUACAUUCAUUGUUGUCGUGACAAUUUGAUGUGCUCCUCUUUGUUACCAAAAGAACUUUGUGCAAGAUUUUUAUAGGAAAUUAUGACAAUGAUGGACUUCCAUAUAGUUGAGAUUGAUUGGAUCAGUCGUAAGUCUUUGUAAGACGGGGCCCAGAAGUUGUUGGGUCACACAUCACUGAACUAGAAGUAGAAUUUCUAGUUCAGUGGACACUAAGGGACGCACCAUCCAGGGGGGGGGGGGCGGAAGUUUUUCCCCCAAAAAAAAUUGACUUGCUAUAUGAGCAAAGAAAAAAUUGCCUAACCAUCAGAGUAAAAAAAAAAUUGGUCCACUGACAAAUCAUCUGAAAGGGGCGAAAAAAACAUGUCUCAAUGGACUAGGGAAAAGAAAACUUUACUCAAAGAAGAAAGGAAACAAAUUUUUUGCAUCAACCCAAACUUCCAGCCCCCACCCCCCCCCCCCUGUGUAUCUAAUGGUGCGUCCCUAAGUGAAUGGCAAACUCAUGCACUGGCACUACAUCCGAAAACUUUUGAUUAUUGUUUUUUACAAAAUUGUGAGUCUGUUGUGUUCAGUAUUGGUUGUGUUUUUUUCUUAGAAAAUGUACUUUCACUAAAUUUAGCACGUUUAUUCAAUCUUCUGGUUUCCAUCAUCUGAUAAUUUCUUUUCAGUUGAUACAGCAUGAUUUGUAUUAAUUUGUUAUUGAAUCACAUUAUGUGUAGGAGCACACUGAAAUAAUUUGUUUGAUGGCGAUUCCAAAUACAUGUAACUCUCACACCUAAGGCAGCAGCAAAUGAUGAUAAAUUGAUAAUGAACAUCUCUUGCAUUGCACAUAUCAUACAUGUAGUACAUGUCCCUGUCCUGUGCUCUGUACAUGCACAUGCAACCUCUCCCUUUGUGGCAUAAACGGGACAGUCCCUUUUUGGAAAAUAUUAUGCUCCCUGCACGUACCUGUAUAAUAUUCUCCCUACUGAUACAUGUAGGGGGAGUCCAUAUUUUGGAAAAAAUGGAGGUAAAACCUUGACUUAAACAAUCUAUAGGAAACACCGAACUGUCCCAAUAUUUUGUUAACAGUUUACUUGGGUAUCUAUCCAUUUUUAUUGAUGUGCAUAGGUUUUACAUAUGUAUGUAUGCAUAGAAACCACACCUGACACAUAUUUAUCGGAUAUAUGGAGAGUGGAAACUUGAUGUAAAGAAAUUUGAUAUUAACAAGACAGCUCAAUAUGCUUUUGUAAAUAUGAUGGUACCUAUUGUCCUGUAUGAAGUGUCAAUUUUAUACAUGUUCCGUACUGUAAGAAAUUCAUUAAGACAUUAAACUGUCAGGUUUUUAAGGAACUGGAAUAUGUGACACUAACAUGUACAUGCAUUUUCUCAAAUUCAUGUAAUUUUAGACUUCUCCUCCUCAGUUUUUGAUGAUCGAUUUAUUUUAUUUUGGUGCUCACAUUACUCAAAACAUCCUUGAUAAAUUUGGCAUGUUGACUUAUUACAUGUAUAUUGUGGAUUAGGGUAAAAUUUGUAAGGACUCCGUACUUAAAAUGUAAAAUGUGCAAUAAUAACAUAUAUCAUAAAAUGUUUUUGAAAAGAAGUAUAUUACUUUAUCGUGAAUGGCAUGGAUUUAAAAUGAAUCUAGAUGAAGUUAGGAACCAAUCAAAUCCUGUAUUUGAUUUGAAUCCAUAAGAUUUGCUAUUUUUUAUCUCAAUAGAUUUUAAUCCUAAAGUUUUUUGAGAUUUAGAAGUUAUUCUUUAGUAUUCAGUAUUUUAGAUUAAAUCCAGAAUUUGACUUGUACAAAAUGUAUUUGGUAAAAAAAAAAAAUCAAUUUUUAUUUGUUUCAUAAUUAUUAUUGAGUGAAGAAAUAGCUAUCAUUUCUAAACUAUGAUGAUGGAUAUAGAUAGCUCAUAAUAUCUUAUUUCUGAUUGUAAUGACACUGAGUUAAAUUCAUGGUUGAAAUAAUGAUAAUGACAGAAUAAUGUUCAUUAAGAAGAACAAAAUCUUAAUAUUCUCUCGAUAGAACAGGAAUGAUUCUGGUACAUUGUAUACAAUGUAGUCAGUACAUUUUGAGUGUCUCAUUUAUCCAUAAAGGAGAGACUUUAUUGUAUUUGCAACAGCUUUGUGGUGGAUUAAUUUUAAAAAAAAAUUGUCUUUUGACCUGUUCUAAUGUAGUUCAACUUAAAUGUAUGUAACCUCUUUUACCUUUGUUUUAUGUGGUGAAAUGGAGAGUUUGCUCAGUAAUUAAGUUUAUUUGUGUAUAUAUUCACUCUUGUAUACUCAUUUAGGAUUUAUGUAUUCACUUCUUUGAUUAAUAAUUGACUGAUUAAUUAUCAUGUUUUUUACUAUUUAAGAAAUAAAAAAUAAUUAUGUAUUUGUUUAUUCAAAUAUAUGUUAUCAAAAUAGUAUUGGGCAAUUCCAUAAAGUGAUCAACCUUUUUGUACGUCCGACCCCCAUUUCUCUCAAGUUUUACUUCACUUCAUAAGCUGACCAAGUUAUGGUCCUUUGAAAACAUUACAGACUGUCAAAAGAGCAAGAAAUCAGAGACAGAACAUUUUACUAAGGUCCCACAUAUAGGGGGUCGGACGUACAUAUUCUAUGGAAUUGCCCUAUUGUUGAUUGCUACCUUUAGGUUGUUUUAGUCAUAAUUUCUACCAUGGGAGGGGGUGUAAAUGUAUCAUUAUGCAGUUCAAAUUCAAUAACAAUAAAUGCUAUCCAAGAAGAAGCAAACUUUUGAAUCUAA